AUGACACAGAACCAUCACGUGGAACAGUGGUUCUCUGGAGCUCACGGCGGUUGGAGGUGUGGUUCCUUAAGAUAUCUUCGGCUUGUAUCCUGCGACAAAGUUAGCGACGAUGCACUGAUUAACGUUGCCAAGAAAGCUGUCAUGCUGGAGGAACUUGAAAUAUGCCACUGUUCUUUCUCAGAGGAUAUGAUUAAAACUGUUGGGAAAGCAUGCCCUCAGCUAACAUCGUUCCGGCUCAAUUGUCGAGGCUUCAGGCUGCCACGCUUAGAGAGUGAUGAGGAGGCACUAGCCAUUGCAGAGAACAUGCCUCAGCUGCGUCAUCUUCAUCUUUUCGGGAAUAAAUUGACCAAUGUGGGCUUGAGGGCCAUUCUCGAUGGCUGCCUGCACCUUGAAUCUAUCGACCUCCGUCAAUGCUUCAACGUUAAUCUAGAAGGAGAUCUACUGAAGAGUUGUGAAGAUAGGCUUAUUACAGUAAGGCUGCCGAAUGACUCCACAGAUGACUAUGAAUUUGAUGAUGCCAUGGAUGAAUCCUCUGGAGGACAAGUGCUACUAUGA